AUGCCCAGAGAUCCAUUAAUCGGUAUAGUAGGGAAGCCCUCCAGUGGUAAAUCCACGACUUUAAACUCUCUAACGGAUGCGAACGCUGCUGUGGGAGCGUUCCCCUUCUGCACGAUCGAUCCGAACCAAGCUACCGGUUAUUUGCAAGUUCCCUGUGCCUGUUCUCGAUUCCCUGACCAUCCAGAAUAUACCAAAUUGUGUAAACCGAAUUACGGAUGGUGUUCUGAGGGGAAGAGACACGUUCCUAUCAUGUUGUUGGAUGUUGCAGGUUUGGUUCCUGGUGCACAUUCAGGUAGAGGCUUAGGGAACAAGUUUUUGGAUGAUUUAAGACAUGCAGAUGCAUUGAUUCAUGUGGUGGAUGUCAGUGGGACUACAGAUUCUGAGGGGAAGAAUACUAGAGGAUAUGAUCCCUUGUAUGAUGUGGAAUGGUUACAGGAUGAGAUUCGUCUUUGGAUCGAGGGUAAUUUAAAGAAGAGGUGGGGGUCCAUUGUGAGAAAGCAUACUGCGACGAAAUCCACCAUUGUGGAUACAUUACAGGCACAAUUUGGUGGGUAUGGGUCUCAUGCACCUAUGAUCCAGAGAGCUCUGUCUACGAUAGAGGGGUUACCACCUUUGGAAAAAUGGGAUGAUGAAUGGAUUACCAAAGUGGUGGCAGCUUUCAUGAAGGAGAAGUUUCCUACUGUGCUUGCAUUAAAUAAGAUGGAUCAUCCCGAUGCGGAUAAGAAUGUAUCCAAGAUCAUGUUGAAGUAUCCAAACACUAAAGCUGUAUUGACUAGUGCCAUUACUGAAGUGUUUCUAAGAAAACUAAAGAAGCAAGGGUUUAUCCAUUAUGAAGAAGGGACAGAAUUCAUAGAUACGUGCGAAGAUGAUCCGGAAAACUUGAAACCACUGGACGAGAAACUGUUGAAUCGUAUUGAGAACAUUAGAGAUUUAGUGCUUUAUAGAUUUGGAUCCACUGGUGUGGUGCAAGUGUUACAAGCGGCUACAGAUCUAUUAGGAUUGAUACCCGUGUACACGGUGAAGAAUAUACAAACGUUCACUGGUGGGAACGGUACGAACGUGUUCAGAGACUGUUUCCUCGUGAAGAAGGGCACCCCUGUGGGUAGAGUUGCCCGUUACAUAAUGGGUGGUGAAGUGACCAUUGCUGCCAUCGAGACUGUGGGAGGUGUCAGAGUCAGCGAGGAGGCAGCGGUGGAAGCUGGCAAGAAUGAUAUCCUUGCGUUCAAGAUAGCUCCCAGAAGCCAAGCCUAG